AUGAUCUCCAUAGGUGAACGGAAGGAUUUCGAGGUUUACAGUUGCGAUGUCUCGCCCGACGGGAAGCGACUCGUGACCGCUGCUGGAGAUGGAUACGUUCGCAUCUGGUCUAUCGAGGCCAUUCACAACACCGACAACCCAGAAUUUGCGAGUAAACCCAAGCAGCUCGCGUCCAUGAGCAACCACUCAGGUACCAUUCAUACGGUUCGAUUCUCGCCAAACGGAAAAUACUUGGCGUCAGGCGCGGACGAUAAGAUUGUUUGCGUCUACACGCUUGAUUCGAAUCCCCCAACACACUCCACCUUUGGCUCGGAUGAGGCACCCCCGGUCGAAAAUUGGCGAACGAUUCGCCGCUUAAUUGGUCACGAUAAUGAUGUGCAAGAUUUGGGAUGGUCGCAUGAUUCUUCAAUUCUUGUGUCGGUUGGACUUGACUCUAAAAUUGUUGUAUGGUCGGGGCAUACGUUUGAAAAACUGAAGACGAUAGUGGUGCACCAAAGCCAUGUCAAGGGCAUCACAUUUGAUCCAGCCAACAAAUAUUUUGCCACAGCGAGCGAUGAUCGGACUGUGCGCGUUUUCCGAUUCACCUCACCUACCCCCAACUCUACCUCCCAUGACCAAAUGAACAAUUUCAUGUUAGAACACACAAUUACAGCGCCCUUCGCCAACUCUCCCUUGACAGCCUACUUCCGCCGGUGUUCGUGGUCCCCGGAUGGGAUGCACAUCGCCGCUGCAAACGCCGUGAAUGGACCGGUGAGCUCAGUUGCCAUCAUUAACCGUGGAUCGUGGGAUGGAGACAUCAACCUCAUUGGACACGAGGCGCCUGUAGAGGUGUGCUCGUUCUCCCCUCGUCUUUACUCAAGAGAACCCAUCAAGAAAAACCAAACCGAUAACCACGCUCCCCAACAUCAUAUCACAGUCAUUGCGUGCGCCGGUGCAGAUAAGUCUCUGAGUGUCUGGAUUACGAGCAAUGCCCGCCCAAUUGUUGUCGCGCAGGAAAUGGCGGCCAAGUCGAUCUCAGAUCUCGCGUGGAGCCCUGAUGGCAAGUGUCUGUACGCAACUGCUCUCGAUGGGACGAUCCUGGCACUGCGCUUCGAGGACGGAGAGCUGGGCUGGGCCACUGAAAUGGAAGAAAACGAGAAAUCUCUCACGAAAUUCGGCACCAACCGCAAGGGAGCCGGAAUCACCGAGACUACAGAUGGGCUGCUGCUCGAGGAGCAGAGCAAGGCUGAUGAACUCAGAGGUGUCGAAGGCCGUAUGGGAGCUCUGAUGGGCGAUGGACAUGCCCAGCCUGCCAACACCAAUGGAACCGCGGCGGCAUCAGCGGCUACAGCCCCAUCAAGUGGUACAACGCCUGCCAGAGUUCCAUCUCCUGCACCGGACUCAACAAAUCCCCAGCCCAAUGGAACAUCCACGCCAGCAACCGAGGCACCUAAACCAGAUCCAUACAUGGCUAAAUUGGAGAGACUGAAGUCGCGUCCUACGUACACCAAAGAUGGUAGAAAGCGCAUCGCACCAUUGCUUGUUUCCGGUGCUGGAGCCGGCGAGUCCUCCUUACCUCAGACCCGGCUCAUGGCGUCUGUGAGUAACCAAGCCGUGGGGGAUGCCCUCACGUCUAUGGUUGACCUUUCUAAGCCAUUUGACGGCCUACCGAAAGGGGGAUUGACUGCGUUGCUGUUUGGGAACAAGCGUACCCUGGCACAGAUGGAGGGCGAAGAAGAGGGGCAGGUCGAGAAGCGUAUUGCUGCUGCCAGCCAAAAUGGAGCCACUCCGAUCUUGACCAACACCCUUGAUGGCCUUCUACCGGCCAUCGUGCAGCCUCCCACCCGUGGUCAACAGCCAACCCCCGAGUUCAUUCGUCCUGCGGUCACCAAUCCGUGCAUGUCGAUCAGCCAGACAAGAUUGGCGGUGCCCAAGAUUCGAAGUUUCAUCUUACGUGCUCUUGACCCUAACGGAAAGCCGACUGAGCCUCCUGCUCAGGCGGGGGAAUCUAAUGUGAAAGAAAAAGGCCGUAUUGACGUGGUCUUUGAGGCGAGAAACCCCUCUGCCGCCAGUCUUACGGGACGGGCUGGCGAUCGUGAGCCAGUGCGUCUUACUCUGUUCCGCGGUGAGCAGCCCCUGUGGCAGGACUUCUUGCCCAAGUGCGUGCUUCUAGUUUGCGGAAACCAGAAUCUAUGGGCGGUGGCAUGUGAAGACGGAUCAGUCUAUCUUUGGACACCUGCCGGUCGUCGCUUGGUCAGCGCCUUAGUUUUGGAGGCGCAGCCGGUGAUCCUAGAGUGCAAUGGCCCUUGGGUUCUUUGCAUCACUUCAGUGGGAAUGUGCUACGUUUGGAACGUGAAGCAUCUUUCUUCCCCUCAUCCACCUAUUUCUCUGCAGCCUGUUCUGGACGCUGCGAUCCAUACUCUCGCGGGCAACCCUACCUCAACACCCGCUGUCACGGAUGCUCGUAUCAAUUCAGAAGGCAGAAUCGUCGUGUCGCUGACCAAUGGAGAGGGAUAUUCUUACAAUCCAGCUAUGUACACGUGGCAACGUGUCUCCGAAGCGUGGUGGGCCGUCGGCAGUCAAUACUGGAAUUCUACCGAUGCUCCUGUGGGUAAUCUUCAGGCCCGGGAAGGCAGCCAGGAGACCAAGGAAUCCAAAGCUGCCGUCUCAGCUGGUAUCAUUCCAUUUUUGGAGCGCAACACCACGAACGAAGCCCUCCUCCGCGGACGAGCAUAUUUCCUCCAGCGACUUAUCAAGGUCUUGCUGUCGCGGGAGGGCUAUGAGACGUUCGAGUCUAGCGUCUCAAUUGCCCACCUUGAAAACCGUAUGGCCGCAGCUCUAUCACUAGGGGCUAAAGAGGAGUUCCGCCUUUAUCUGAACAUGUAUGCUAAGCGCAUCGGCGCAGAAGGAUUGAAGGGCAAGGUCGAAGAGCUAUUGAAGGGUCUCAUUGGUGGACUCUAUGACGAUGAUGAUGACGCUGUGACUGUCUCCAAGCUCCAGGCCAACGAACAUGAGGACCGCAACUGGCGUGAAGGACAGGAGGAACUUUGUGGAUGGCCUCGUGAGACUCUACUCAAGGAAGUGAUUCUUGCACUCGGGAAAUAUCGUGAACUUCAACGGGUUACCGUCCCUUACGCCAAACUCCUGGACAUGGUAGACACAGUCUCCGAAGCAGGUGACGCGAUGGAUCUUUGA